CAGCGUGUCCGGGACGUUGUUCAAAAGAUCUUCGGGUACGGGUCAAAUGCAGCACAUGAUGUACUUCAGGUCGGUGCAAGCGUCUUGCAGUUCGCUCCAAUUGGCGGUCUUGCGCCUGCAGCGCAGUCGUUAGUACUCAUAUGGAACGCCUUAGAACUUGUGGAGUCCAAUCAGAUGGCUUGUUUGUCCUUGACCGAACGCUGUGUUGAUACGCUAAUUGUUAUUCGAGAAGAAAUUGGUGAGGCAGGUGAGAACAUUGAGGCUCAGCUUGCAUUUCCCCUGAUGCAGCUCAACGAGUCGUUUGAAGCUGUGAAACGAGUUUUAAUGGGACAAGUCCGCCGCCGGUUUUAUAAACGCUAUCUGAAGCGCAAGGAAAUUCAGAGUCAGGUUGAGGAGUGUGAUGCGAAGCUGUCGAAUGCACUUGAGUUGUUCUCGCUUAAAAUCCAGAUUAGGUCAUUGCAGCGACUAGAAGCAGCUGAGGAAAGGAGAAGA